AUGGCCAUAAGCUGGUUGAGGUGGUUUAUUCGCGCGACCAUCCUUUAUGGUUCAGUCACAUACCAAGAGGCAAAUGGCAACAAAACUCAAUCACGUGAUUGUCUUCACGUGGAUCCAGCUGGUAACAAAUACAAUUUGACUUCCUUACGGAAUACAGAUGGAACUGCAAGAUUUCAUAUAAAAACUAAAGAUGGAUGGACGUAUAGCUUUAACCCCUGCGUGUCAUUCAAGAUAGGAAAGACAAGCAAGUUUAAAGAAUGCCACUGGGAUGUAGCGAUUUGCAGGUGGGUGGCCGCACAAAUAGGCUACAAUAUAGGACAUCAGAGAACAGAACGAUGUCUUUUUGAUGAAGAAACCAAAUUACCAAUGCUAGAAUACAAAGGUGAUAGCCAAAUUAAGACGUCAAGUGUGCUGCUAAAGUGCAAUAAAGCAAAGGAACGUCCAGACUUUGAAGUUCGGUCGGUUAGCAAUCCCUCGCGAUUUGUUUUCAGCCUGACACACAAAUGUGGGUGUCCCAAUGUGUGUCUUUUUAAACCCAACACGCCCACUGAGGAGCCAGGUCUAAAUAACGAAAAUUGGCGCAUCGCAGCAGGUAGUAUUGGAGGCUUGGGUAUUGUCAUAGCGAUCUGUCUGAUCGUUUGGAAGCUGAGGGGAAUGAAUAUACCGAACCCCCAGGUAGAAGAGGAAAAUCUACCCAUUCUGCCUGAUCAAGAGAAUGUAAAUAGCUUUUCCAGUACAAGUGAACUCAGCGAAUUAACCUUGGGGGGAGCCUCAUCUUUAGGAAGGACCUCAACUGGUUCAUCUACGAACAAUGAUAUUAAAGGGAUAAAAGAGGAUCCUUCUGACAGCAAGAACAAAUCCAAUGUAAAGGGUCGGCGCUGA